CCAGGGGACAUCCCGAACGCGUUAGCGGAAGACAGGGGCCUGCUGGCCAUUAUCCCUGAAGGAGGAGGGAUACUUGCAGUCCUUACGGGAAGGCCCCUCUGCGGUCCCCCAGCGAGCGGGACGGUGAGGGUGUGGGGACGGAGAAGGACGGCCCGGGCACCGCUGGGAAGGUGGCAGCGCGGAGGGCGGAGGCGCCAAGGUGCGUCAGGUACGAGUGUUCCGGGGGCGGCGGGCCCGCGCCGCACGCGGCCUCGGGCCGCGGCGCAUCUCCUCCCGCCCGCGGCGCGAUUUCUGCUCUUUCGGCCCUCGGCGGCCCCCAUCGCGGCCCCCAUCGCGGCCCCCAUCGCGGCCCCCAUCGCGGCUCCCGGGGGCCGAGCGGGGACGGCGGCGGCCGGUGGCUCCAGCGCGCGGGCGGGCGCACACCCACCCCGCCGGCCCCGGCGCUCCGGCUCCCGGAAGCGGAAGGGAAGCGCGGCCCGGCCUGGGCGACGGCGGCGCCGGAGGAGGCGGGGGAAGAGCGGCUGGCGGCCGCGAGAGCAGCGGCGGCGAGAGGCGAGCCUGCCGGCGCCGAUUCUCAUGGAGAACUGUUACUGAGGAGAGAUCCAUUUGCUGGGAUGUAACUAAAAAAGGAAUGAAUCAAGAUAAAACCUCUAAAUGCAAGCACCAGAAAAAUUACAACACAUCUUGGUGAAUUUGCAAGUGGAUCGUCUUUCCUUGUGGGUUGGCACGCAGUUGUAGGACUGCAAAAUGGGUCUCCGGAUUCACUUUGUUGUUGACCCACAUGGUUGGUGCUGCAUGGGUUUGAUUGUCUUUGUCUGGUUAUACAAUAUUGUUUUAAUUCCCAAAAUUGUCCUCUUUCCUCACUAUGAAGAAGGACAUAUUCCAGGCAUAUUAAUAAUAAUAUUCUAUGGCAUUGCCAUAUUUUGUCUGGUUGCUUUAGUGAGGGCCUCAUUUACUGAUCCAGGAAGACUCCCCGAGAACCCUAAGAUUCCACACGGAGAACGGGAGUUCUGGGAAUUAUGUAACAAAUGUAAUUUGAUGAGACCAAAGCGUUCCCAUCACUGUAGCCGCUGCGGCCACUGUGUUAGGAGAAUGGAUCAUCACUGUCCGUGGAUUAACAAUUGUGUGGGUGAAGAUAAUCAUUGGCUUUUUCUGCAGUUGUGUUUCUACACGGAACUUCUUACUUCCUACGCUCUGAUGUUUUCUUUCUGCCAUUAUUAUUACUUUCUUCCAGUAAAAAAGCGUAACUUGGACCUCUUUGUUGUUAGACAUGAAUUGGCCAUAAUGAGACUAGCUGCCUUUAUGGGCAUUACUAUGUUAGUUGGAAUAACUGGACUUUUUUAUACUCAACUAAUUGGCAUCAUCACAGUUAGUGUUGUGUGUUGACUUACAUCUAUGGAAACAUGGAUUUGGCUUUCUUAUCACAUGACCUCCACUGCCCGCCUCCCAUCUCACUGCUUGGAUGCUGGUUUUGUUGCUGUCUGUCAUCGUAGAGACUUUGUUCAGAGGUCUCUGGACCGUGGCAGAUGGUUCCUGGAUAAAGUUGCCUAGAACAAUCUGUAUGGAAGGGCUAGACUGGUGGCUUCCCUUUGGGGGAAUCAGGCAGGUAUCUUGUCAUUUUCUGGGCAGCUCACAAAUGUCAGUAUUUUUAUGGUGUCUCUUUUGGGUUGGCCAAUUUCCCUAAAGAGGAGUCCUACAGUCUCUUGCUUGGGAUGCAUAAAUCUGGUUGCCAGCUCUCUCAAAGCCAAGUUGGGCAAGCAGCUGGGAGUCUCCCCUUCUUGUUUGGGAGUCUCCCCUUCUAGCUUGGGAAUCUCAUCUUCUAGUGUGUAGAUUUCCCCUUAACCCUUGGCGCCCCUGACAUAAGCUGUGCUUGGUCUUUCUAAGCCCAGAGUUCCUCAGGCUUAGCCCCUCUAAGAUUAAACCACAGGGCUUCUGGGUGGAGAGGGUAUUUACCUGGCUGUGUGGGGAAGGUAAGUAGAUCCAGGGUUCAGCAACUUCUUAUACAUUCAAUGAAUACUGUUUUCAGCCUCUCCCACCCUGCCUUCCAUGGCAUCCAAUCCCCUGUUUCUUGAGUCCUCUGGGUUCUGCAAUGAGAUCCACUUUGUUGCUUGGCUCCCCCACCCUGCAGGCCCUCAGCCAUUUCUGGUCUGCUAGGUUGGGCACCAUACAUCUGCUUUCCACAUUCCAAAGUUUUGUUGAAAUACUUUACCACGUGUCAGCUUCUCUACUCUUUGUCCUUGUGGGUUUAUGCAUCUUUAUAAAAAAAUCCUUUUUUAAAAAAGAUUUAUUUAUUUUAAUGGGGGUGAAGGGAAGGGAAGAAGGAGAGGGAGAAUCUCAAACAGACUCCCCACUGAGCAUGGAGCCCAAUGCGGGGCUCGAUCUCACGACCCCGAGAUCAUGAUCUGAGCUGAAAUCAAGAGUCAGACACUUAGCUGACUGAGUCACCCAGGUGCCCCAUAUUUACAAAUCCUUUUUAUAGCCUUUUAGUAAGUUUUUAUGAGGGAGCAGAGAGAUUACAUCUUCAUUUGGUCCCUUUUAACUUGGAGCCAUAAGUUACACUUUGAAGGACGAUUUAAGGGUGAAGACAUGGGGGCAUGAAAAAGGCAUUUUUAGGUAAAGGAAAGCAAGGCCACAAACAUGCGUUCUGAAAGGGUAUGGUAUCAUGUUUGGGAAAUGGGGGUCACAGUUGGCUAGAGUGUAGGGUGUACUGGAUGGGGGGUGGGGUGGGCUGAGGCAGGUAGACAAGGCCCCUGUGGUAGACUGGUUGCAAAAAUGGCCCAAAUUAUUUUUCUCCCUCAAUGCACAGUCCUUACAAUGUGACUUUGCAGCUUCUUCCAUUAGGGGGGAGAGUCUAGGCCCCAACCCCAGAAUCCGGGUCGGCCUUGUGGUGACUUUGGUCAAUAGAAUGUGGCAGCAGUGAUGAUGUACAGUUCACCCUAGGCCACAAGGGGCUUUGCAUCUUCCACUCACCAUCUUGGAAUGUGCCUAGGUGCCGUGAGAACAAAAUCCGUUAGCCUGUGGGAGGAUGAGAGUCAUGUGACCCACCUCACUUCACCCCAGCCAGUCCCCAAAGCAGCCACUCAACUGACUUCUAGCUGACCGCACGGACAAGGGAGCCCAGCUGAGACCAGAAAAAGCACCCAACAGAGACAUGUCUAAGGGUCCAACAACUUAGUUGUUCAGAAUUCUGAGCUAAAUAUGGUUGUUCUCAGUGAUGAUGUUUUGGGGUGGUUUGUGACUCAACUAGAGCUAAUUGAUGAUACGCCCAAGUAGAAAUUUGAAGAGGCAUCGUGAGGCCAAGGAGAAACUACUGGUUAGAAUUACAGGAUCAGAUUCUAGUUCUUCCUUUGCUACUAACUAGUUCUGUGUCCUUGGGCCAGUCACUUAACCUUAGCCCCGCCAUCUAAUUAAAGACACUGGAAGGUAGACCACAUAAGUGGUUGUCAAGCUUCUUUGCAAAGUAAGCCACCCAAGAGCUUGUUAAAAAGAGCCAUUCUGUCCCCAGUCUUAUAAGAUGGAAAACAACUAUAAUUUUAUUUAGUUCCCUGGUGACUCAGAUAAAGCCAGGCCCGCCGGUGUCUCACACACCACUGUACCGUGAGAUCGUCAGGGUGUCUUCCAGGCUGAAAAUGGUGGUGAGCUGCCCUCCCUUCAGUGGGUUUUGCUGUGGCUUUAGAUGCUCGUCCAUCAGGGUGCCUAGGUUCCUUCCUCCCACGGGGAGGCGUCUCUCUUUGACCGCCCACCCUCCAGCCCACUCCACUCCCAUAGGCUCAGACGGCUGCCUACAGCUCCCCAUCUCCCCCCUCAGCAGCUGUCAGUUCAGAGCUCUUCAAGAACUCUUCAUUCUUCAGGAAUGAAUGAAUGAAUGAAUGAAUGAAUGAGCUGUCUUUAUCCCUCAGCCUUAAAGGGGAGCCCCUUCAGCAUUCUCAGGUCCUUUGGAUUCUCUGAUAGACAACGGCAGGUUUCCAGCAUUCUUUGACUGGUUUCCAGUGUCUGGUGACUGGUGGCCCAGGCCGUGUCACACCCUGGUCCAUCAGCUGUUGUCUUAGGUUCCGUGAAUCCAUGUUUUAAAAAGACCUCAGUCUCCUGCCCCUUGACAUAACUCAUUUCCCAUCUGGAAUGUUCUUCCCACAGGCCCACGUCUCCCAAACUAGGGUGUCUCCUGGGUAACCGUUUUACCAUGGAUACCAGUGGUUCUAGCUCUCAAAUCGAAUAACAAGCCUUGGUCUAAGCCUUCCUGUCAUUUAUUCUCAAAUCACAUUUCGCAUGUGUGGUCGGGGGAGGGGGAAGGAGAAGGAAGACUUUCCAUAAACUGCAUCCAUAUUGUAUGCUCCCCCCUCCUAUCCCAGAAAAAAAUAAAUAAAUAAAUGAUCUCAGGACAUCAGACAAAAGCUGUAAGGCAGAUGGCAAAACCAAACCCAGCCUUAGGACAGUGGGUGGGGUUUGCAAGAGGCAGGCCUCCUAGCAGCUUGGGGAGAAGAGACACCCUUUGUCAUCCUGGGUGACCCUACAGUCUGACGGCAUCUGGUCCUAAAUGCUCCCCUUCUUUCUGGAUUCCCUUCUGCACCAGGAGCCAGCUCCUCCAGGGGACAGUGAUUAGCAAAGCUGAACAAUUUGCAGAUCGGUUCUACAUCUUAUUUAGGAUUUAAAAACUAGUGGGGGUCAAUACUGUUAAUUUAACACUUUUUGUUGUAAAGCUAGGGUGAUUUAUCUGAUAACACACAUGUGGCAUAAUGCACUCGGAGGCUCGUAGCAACUCACCGUGUACUCAGCCAGCAGGGCUAAAAUAUAUAACUUGUUAACUUCAUUUCUUUGAAAUACAAUAUUCUAGCAAUAAUCUUGGCUUUUUUUCAUACUUGAAAAUAAACAACUCCGUUUCUUCAUUGUUUGGCCAUGAGCUAAGGUUCUGUCUCACUCAUGGAUCUUUGGAUAGAUCUUCGCUAGCAAUUUGAAGAUGAGCCAGCCUUG